AUGUCCUUCAAGCCAGCACUCGUAGUCGUGGACAUGCAAGAAGACUUUUGCCCGCCUGACGGAGCACUGGCAGUGACGGGUGGUCGCGAUAUCGUACCGACUAUCAACGAGUUCCUCGAAUACCCGUUUGCACUCAAAGUCGCGACCAAAGACUACCAUCCCCGAGACCACAUUUCCUUCGCGUCCAACCACACAGCGCCGAACAAUAAGCCAUUCGAGUCCACAGUCACAAUCAAGAACCCGCAUAACCCAGAGGAGACGCAGGAAACGCGCCUAUGGCCGGACCACUGCAUUCAAGGUACUAAGGGUGCAGAGCUGCUGCCAGAGCUGUUGGUUAGUAAGGUGGAUCGCAUAGUGGAGAAGGGGCAGGAUAAGCGCGUCGAGAUGUACUCGGCCUUUGCGGAUCCGUUCAAGAGUCCAUGUGCUUGGCAGCCGACUAUUGUGUGA